UGUCAAACAGACCACCUGACUGUAUGCUUCAGUCCGGAUAGAUUUAAUCUAUACAAGACAUUUAUCCUCUAAAAUAUAUUUACAUUUAGCGACUUUCUUGAUCGCUAGUACACUCAAGUCUGCUUUCGAUUAAUGGACAACCUCCCAUUCAAUGUACGGACAGUUAUUUAUUUUUUGUGUUGUGGAGAAAAAAAAAAAUAAUAUCUGGCUUUAAGCAAAAAUCUUCCUCUCAGUUUGAAAAGCUAAAUUAGCUGCCACCAGCCAGCGUCGACUCGAAGUCUCAGAGCAGACAGCUAUGCAGAAGACAUGAGAGCGAAGAAAGCUUCGUCCUUCUGAACGUUUUUAACUGUCUCCUGCGUCAUCACUCAUCUUUAUGAAAUGAAUUUCUUGCGUAAUCGCCUCGUCGUCCUGGGCCUGGUGCUGUUGGCCACCUUACUGCUGUACCUGCUGCUGCCCUCCAUUCGACAGGGCAGCAUGGAGCCGUCUCUCGAGGCCCAGAGAAUGGGGCUGAUGGUCACCCCACCUCCUCCGCUCCCGACCAUCAACGUGUCUAUUCGCACCGGGCAGCUGCCCGGGGACCCUCCGUUGUUCUUCCGAGAAGCUUUACCUGUGGAUGGAGCUGGGCGGCAGAUAUUGCCGAGGUUGCAAGUGGUCCUUCUGCACGGCCAAGCCUUCACAUCCAAAACAUGGGAAGAACUCGGUACAAUGGCCCUGCUGGCAAUUAAUGGAUACCAGGCUUUAGCCAUGGACCUGCCAGGAUAUGGAAAGUCACCAGACUCAGAGGCUCUAAAGACUGACCAAAAUCGUGUGGACCUCCUGUCGAGGUUCAUGGAGUCCUUGGGUGUCAGGGCAGCCGUGCUUCUGAGCCCCUCCAUGAGUGGACAUUACUCCAUCCCCUUCCUGGUGAAGAACAGCGCUCAGCUACACGGCUUUAUUCCCAUAGCACCAGUUGGUACCAGGAGUUACUCCCCACAGCAAUACCAAAAUAUUAAGACACCAACUCUAAUCGUGUACGGAGCCCUCGACACAAACCUGGGGGCCCAGUCCCACAAGAACCUCAUACAGCUUCCACAUCACUCUGUGCUGAAGUUAGAAGGAGCUCGCCACGCUUGCUACAUGGACAAACCCAGAGAAUUUCACCAAGGACUGAUCGAGUUCCUCAGCAAGCUGAAGUGAGACGUUUAGAGGCAGUAGACAAUAGGGGGGAAAAAAGGAAGCCAAGAAUAAGAUGAAAAGGCAACACUCGUCCUGAGUUUUGUGCAGGGUGAAGAUGAGAUUACAGCUGAGUAAGAGAGAAGAGCUCGUGCACAACUACUGUUGGCUGUUGAAAAGCUUAAAUUUAGUGUGAAGACAGGUCACAGGAAGAAGGCUUGGUUUGAAAAGAAAGUUAAUAGUACUUUACUUCAGAUGUUGCUGUUGAAUGAAUGUGUUAUUUUUUUCUGUGUCAUCGUGACUAGUUCUGCUUGUUGUAAAACAAAUAGCGUCAGACGUGUAACUUGGUGAAUUUUGUUCCAUGUGUUCCAUCACGUGCCCCUCAUUGCAUGUACAAACAUGAACUGUGUUUGUGUUACCAUUUGUUAGGUGACAUGUAGGUAACUGCAAAUAUACAAGCGGUUACUUGUAUUUAAGAGCUUUUACUGAGUUUCACAUUUGACAGACUUGUAUUCUAAGAUCUGGUAACCAUUCCAGCUUCCCACAAGCAUGUACUGUUCUCAACAAACAGAACUGAUACAUGUUGUAAUAAAAAAAAGUGUAUAAAAGAGUAUGGAUCAUAUAAAAAUGACUUAAAAGUAAAAGAAAACACGUUUGUAUAUAGUGCUGAUAAAGUUCAGUGUAAUAUAUUUGCAAUAAGUUUGGACAAUCAUGCAAAAGAAAACUUAAAGAUGUGUGCAUUGCUUAAAAUAAAAACAAAAAAUGGG